UUCCAUCCCCUAGUCAUCAUGAAGAAGGCAUCUUACAUUCUGCUGGGUCUAUGCUUGGUAUCAAGUACACUGACAAGAAAUAUACACCAACCUCACUACAUAGGCUAUCAAGACAGUUUAGGACAAUACAGUUUUGGCUAUAGUACUCCAGGGUCUGCAAGAUCAGAAGUUAGAGAAUCAAAUGGACAGACGAGAGGUUUUUACAGCUACGUGGAUGAUAACGGACUUAUCCAAAGUGCAGAAUAUACUGCAGAUGCUGAAAAUGGUUUUCGUAUAUCAGCUACCAAUCUUCCUAAACAUGUUGAGGACACUCCUGAAGUUAAGGCAGCUCGAGCAGCUCAUCUUGAGGCUGUGAGGUUGGCAUAUGAAAGUGAAGAACAGGAAAAGCAGGAAUUUGGGCAACCAGGAUCUGGACAAGAAUCUGUACAUAAUGGCUCCGAACAAGGUUCUGGACAGCCAGGCUCUGGACAAGGAUUUGGACGACCAGAAUUGGGACAACCUGGAAUUGGGCAGCCAGGAGUUGGGAAACCAGGACCUGGACAGCAAGUAUUUGAGCAAUCUGGAUUUGGUCAACCAGAAAUUGAAGAACCGCUAUUUGGACAGCCAGAAAUUGGACAACCAGGAAUUGGAAAUCCAAUAUUUGGUCAACCGGGAAUUGGAAAUUUAAUAUUUGGUCAACUAGGCAUUGGAAAUCCAAUAUUUGGUCAACCAGGAAUUGGACAACCAAUAUUUCCUCACCCUGGAUUUGAUCAUCCAGGAAUUGGACAACCAGGAAUUGGACAACCAGGAUUUGGACAGCCUGAAUUUGGACAACAAGGACAACAAGAACAAACUCAAUUUGAUGAAAGUGUUGUAGUUGAUGCAAAGAUUAGGAAAACAGAGGCAAAUAGGCAGAAUCAAAAUGUAAAUGCAGCACUUCCAAAAAAGAUUGUUGGUCAUAUUCAUACAAAUAUUCUCAGUGAUGUACCUGAAGCUUUGGAAAGUCCAGAAGUUAAUGCUGCACGAAAAGCUUAUAUUCAAGCAAUUUCUGCAGCCAGAGCGAAAGCUGAGAGUGGAAAUAUUAAUUAUGUGGUGAACGAUGUGAUUACGAGGGUUUCUUCGAGUUUUAGCCCUGUUGUCCGAACCACUGUUACUGAUGAGAGAGGAACGGUUGGUCAGCACCCUAAACAGCUAAAGAAUUUUCAACAUCAAGUACAGGUAACAUCACCGUUGGGAUCUUUGCUGAAAGCCGAAGGUCGUCCACAAAGUUCUGUCAUCGCGCCAAGCAGUACAACCUUGAUAAUGAAAAACGAGACGUAUCCAUUGAAAGGAUUUAUGGGACAGACCAAUCUCAAGGAUAAACAGUCUCCACUCGUUGCUGGGACUCAACUGUACCGACUCGCUGUACCCAGUCACAUCAGAGAUCCCCUCAUUGUUCCUUCAACUUAUGUACCUAUAAAAUACUCGAGCAGUACUGGAACGCCUCGGCCACAACAAUCUUUUUCAGUUCAGUGUUUUGUAACCCGAGCUGAUCAACUUGAAAACUUGAUCGAUGUGCGAGUAAAUUAAAUUUGUUGACAAACAACCAUCAAUUUCAUAGUGAGCAAGUUUGCUCGAGUCAUUCAAGCCAUCUUUCUAGAUCAUAAGGCAUUGUUACCCUUAUUAACUCCAAUGUUUCUCUAUAACCAGUAGAGUUGAUCGAAGAAAAUGGUGUUAAAAAUCCCAAACACCAUGCCUAAUAGUAGUGCGUUAAAUCACAGAUAUUCAUUCAACAUUCUUUAAUGCAAAGCAUUUUUAAUAGAAUAUGUCCUCUUCAAAAAUAAAUUAUUGAUUAUUUCAUAAUUUUGCAAAAUGUUUCGCAUUAGGAAAUCUUGAAAGAAUGGUUACGAUUCUGGCUGUCUUGAGAUCAAGGUGAACGUUCUGAUCUCCCCGAAAACUUGCAUUUUUGUGAGUUUAUUGUGAUUACAAGAAAGCACCCCCAUACAUGUAAAAAAUAAAAACAAAAAAUGUUAACUAUUUUGUUAACUUAUUGUGCUAGCGCGCGUUAACUACUUAGAUUUAAAUCGAUCGAUUCCACAUUGAGUGUAAUUUGUGGAGGCCCUACACGGUGAAAAAUGGAUGUUCAAACGUAACAUCUAGAUUUCAGGAUUAACAUAUUUUAUGUUUAACUAUAGGACAACAAUCUAUAUGUUUAAAAUUAGCAUCUGUAGAUCCUUGAAAGUGAAAUGUUAAUCUUUAAAAUACAAAAUAUUCAACUAAAAUAUCCGCGAUAUUUGAUGUAUGGUUAUGUCACAUAACGCCUGUAAAUAUUUGAAGAGUUUACUCAUUUAUCGUCAUUUAAGGAAUUAAUUGAUAACUUAUUUGUGAAUUUUAAAUUAAACUUUAAUGAUCGUACACGAAAGAAAAACAGAUAAAGGGUAUGCAAUGUCGAUCAGGUGAUACAUUCAGACAAGUUGAGGUUAUGUUCAAUAUUUUUAAUUCAAAAUAAAAACAGGGGUAAGUAAUCGGAGAACGAAUGAUCUGUAAUCUAAAAUUAAAAUUCUAUCUAUUUUAAGUUACUUAAACUAAAAUUUUAUUUUGAACAUAUACAAAUUUUGUCAAAUGUGUUAAUUCAAUAAACCUUAAACUUUAGAUCAUUGUUCCCUCCUUUAGACAGAAAAAAAUCGUUCUCCAAUUUUAUGUAAGGAUAGAUUUGAUUCUUUGGAAAUUUUCCAAAAUUGUAAUAUUCCAUCAUUGCAAUAUUGAAAAUAUAUAGCCGUCAAAUAUAGGCGUGAAAUUCCAAUGCGCGAUGCGCAUGCGCUCGGGCAGUUUUAACAUCCGAAUGCGUUUCGGUUAAACAUAAAAAUAUUUUUAAGAUAGUAAAUGUUUGGCAUGAAUAUCUGCAUGAGCAUCUACAUUUAAAUAUCCGUUUUUCUCCGUGUAAUGCACUACUUUUACGCAUGGUAUUGUUUGCGAUUUCUAAAAUAAUUUUUUUCAAACCACUCUUAUAACGAGUCUGAUAAAAUAGCGAUCACUAAGAAUAUUUUAUUCA